GCCGCGGCGUUCAUCCUCCUUUUCUCUUCUUCAUCCCUCUGAACUGUUCGUCCUCUCCGCCGCCCAGAGCUUCUCUGCUCCGAAGCGAACGAGGAGAUCAACAAUGGCGGAUACGAAGGCGGUCACGAUCCGUACUCGCAAGUUCAUGACCAAUCGCCUCCUCUCCCGGAAGCAAUUCGUCAUCGAUGUUCUCCACCCUGGAAGGGCGAACGUCUCCAAGGCGGAGUUGAAGGAGAAGCUGGGGAAGCUCUACGAGGUGAAGGAUCCGAACUCCAUCUUCGUGUUCAAGUUCCGGACGCACUUUGGAGGGGGGAAAUCGACCGGAUUCGGCCUCAUCUAUGAUUCUGUCGACGCCGCGAAGAAGUAUGAGCCCAAGUAUCGGCUCAUUAGGAAUGGACUUGCAACCAAGGUUGAAAAGUCAAGGAAGCAAAUGAAGGAAAGGAAGAAUAGGGCAAAGAAGAUCCGUGGAGUAAAGAAGACAAAGGCUGGAGAUGCUGCCAAGCAAGGAAAGAAGAAAUGAGCGAAGUUGUUACUCUCAUUGCCCCUUACUGUUUGCUAUCUAUUUAGAGUUUUGAGACGUUGCUUCGAAAAAUUAGUGAUUAGUUCUUAUAUGGUUUUAAAGAGUCCAAGAUGAUUUUGUACUCCGGGAUUUGCAUUUGAUAAUCAUUUUGUUCUGAGUUUAUUUUGAUCCUUUUGUUAAGGACAAAUUUUCGUCAAGUUAUCUGGUUGUGUGGUCUAUUUUCUACCUAGACGGCAUUCUAUGUUUGCUGAUUGGAUUCUGUUUGAGUGUCAAUUCAGUGAUAUCGGAUCCUUUUCCUAA